AUGUUCAUUCCAAACGUUCCUGUCAUAGCAACUCAUUUAGGUAAAUGGGUUCGCAUUAGUCCACAUAAUUUGAAAGACAUGCAAUUCAGACUUGUUGACUUUCAAGGAGAGCCUGUAGAACUGAAGGCACCAGUGCGAAUGACUGUUGAAGUUGACUUUUUAGAAAAUAUUAAAUGCAACAGCUUACAAGAGAACUCAGAGCUAAAAAUAUAA